AUGGAGCCUUGUGAGUCGAGCUCGGAAAGCGACGUUCAGGUGGCAUCCGUGACAGCUGGGGUCGGGGCAAAGCAUUUCCGCUUUACGGACGCGUGGCUGGUCUGCAACUGGAAGGAGCUGCUGCUGGCAGACAGGAGGCUGACCUCCAUUGACAGUUUGGAGUCAUUCAAGAACCUGAAGAAGGUGGAGUUGCGAGGCUUCCUCGAGAUGAGCCAUAGUCUGUGUUGGCUCGGGCUGGCCAAGAACAGGCUUCGCAAGAUCUCGGGCCUGGGAAACCUGUCCAGCUUGGCCGUGCUUGACCUCAGUGACAACCGAGUCUCCAGGCUGGUUGGCCUGGAAGCCCUUCAGGGGCUGAAGGCACUCAUAGCCACGCGCAAUCGCAUUGUCAUCUUGGACGGCCUGAGCCCGAAGAAGAACCCCCUUCUGGAGACCUUGAUCCUGUCGCACAAUCAGAUCGAGCAGUGUGCAUUGGUAGGCUUCAAGAAUCUGAAGAAGAUCUCGCUGGCCCACAAUCAGCUGCACGCAUUUCCAACUCUCAAGAAAUUGCCAGUGCUCAGCGAAUUACGCCUCAAUGGCAACAAGCUUCUUGCAAUCUCUCCAGCAGUGGCAUCUUUGCCCCACUUGUCCACGCUGGAUGUGGGCAACAACCUCAUCAAGCAGGCAUCAGGUUUUGACGCCUUACGAGGACUUCUCUGGCUAACCAACUUGAAUGUCAGAGGCAACCUUUCAGAAGGAGAUGAGCUCCCAGAUCAGGUCCGACAGAUUGUGGCCAGCUUGCAAAGACUGGAGAUUUUGAAUGGGAAGCGGCAGUCGGGCAAGGCACGGAAGAGACGCAGGCAGAACGACCGCGACGCACAACCCCGGCGAGCAGUGGGUCGGGCCAGAGGGCGAGGUGCGAGCGGCGGUCGCGGGUACGCCAUGCACGGCACCGGAAGAGGGCGUGGGUCAGCCCACGAAGACUCUGAUACAGAGCUGAAACCAUUGCGUGCUCGCGGACGAGGCGGCUCUUCUGUGGCCAUGACCAAGUCUCAUGGACAGGGACGCAGUGCAACGACAACCUCGAAGGCAGACGAAGCAGCUGGUCGUUCCCCAGAGAUGCCAGAUGUUGCCGCAACGAAGAAAGGUAAGAAACGCAUCCUCAAGAAGCGGCGACCGGGAAAACCCCGCCCUGCCUCCUGA